AUGGGUGUGUCGCACACGCUGAAGCUUAAUCAGGUGAAGUGUACCUGGUUCCUAGUGGCAGGGCGGCUGAGCCAGAGGCCGAGGGAGAUGCAGAGAGGCACGCAGGCAGCUUGGAGUCCCAGGAGCCCCUGGCCAGGAGCAGCAGUUCAAACAGUAACGAAGAUCUAACCCCAGGCAACAAAGUUCUGGGACCUCUUCUGCUGAGCUGACACGCUCUCCGCCUCUGCCCACGUCCCCGCAGAUCCGGGAUCCUGCAACAAGAUCCAGUGAGGAACAAGAAUUGGGCGCUGGGGGAAUCUGGUCAUGGAGGCUCGCAGCUAGAGCCAGGGGCAGUGCUGGCGGCGUUGGACUGCAGGAAGAGGCAAGACUCUCAGUCCAGGAGGACCAGGGAAGAGGGAGAAAGUGCUCAGAUUGCUCAACACAUGUCACCACAGGCGCAGGCGCGACCACAGCAACUACCUGCUGAGCCUCUGCUAGCCUCUGCACUUGUCCAGAGCUAUGACUCACAUUAGGAAGUCCAAGCCAACCCAAAAAGGCAAAAUGAAGCCUUAGCAACUCGCAGCACCCCAGAGUGCUAGCGAUGUGACUUGUCCCCUUUGUCAGGACCAUACAGAGCCCGCGCAGAGGCCUUUCAGAGGGCCUCACUCUGGGUCCAGCUCCACGAGGCACAAUGAACAGUAACUUCUGCCGAGCUCUGGUGGACCGUGGGCCCCCGGGGGGCAUGCAGCUGGGUGUCGUGGCCCCUGCUGGACAGACGCCGCUGGCAGUCACCGAGCCCCUGAACAACGUACCCUUUCUCUUGUACCCCGGCCACUCAGAGCCGCCUUACUACGACACCUACACUGGGGUGUUCCCCUACGUGCCCUUUCCUGGAGCCUUCGGGGUUUAUGACUACCCGUUCGAGCCCGCCUUCAUCCAGAAGCGCAACGAGCGCGAACGGCAGCGCGUCAAGUGCGUGAACGAGGGCUACGCGCGCCUCCGCGGCCACCUCCCCGGCGCCCUGACUGAAAAGCGGCUCAGCAAGGUGGAGACACUGCGCGCCGCCAUCCGCUACAUCAAGUACCUGCAGGAGCUGCUGAGCGCCGCCCCCGACGGCGUGCCACCUCCGGCCACCUCCCCGCCGCCCGCCCACGCGGGCCACAGCAACGUGCCGCAGCCUUCUUCCCUGGUGGCCGAGUCCAGUGGAUCCUCCUUUUCCUCGUCGCCUUUUUUGGAGUCGGAGGAACCCAGCCUUUGAUCUGGCCAGAGGCCUGGACUUGCCCCUCUAGGGAACAGCUUUGGGGGCUUCUGGGUCAUCUGUGCCGGACAGAACAGUGGUGUUCGAGGUCUGUGAUCCCACCUCCACCCACUUGAGCCAGAUGUGAGGGUCUGGGGUAGGGAUGUCGAGAUAGGGAUCCCAGAAGCUGAUGUCUGCGGUGAGGAGCAGAGCCCUGGACAGCUCCUGGGCCAGCCUCAGCGAAGCUCUGCUGUCCACCACACCAAGUCCCCUGGAAGUCAGCCACACUUUCUGUUAUGCCUGAACCUUCCACAAGAUGGCCUCAAAUACUAGCGAGGAGCUUGAUGGCCUCUAAAGAGCAGAAAUUCUGAGGGAGGGACAAGGGAAGUGAAGACAGGCAGCUGCUUGCAUUUAGCACCCUGGAGCUGACAGACUUAGGAGAAGUGUGUGUGUGUGUGUGUGUGUGUGUGUGUGUGUGUGUGUGNGUGUGUGUGUGUGUGUGUGUGUGUGUGUGUGUGUGUGAGAGAGAGAGAGAGAGAGAGAGAGAGAGAGAGAGAGAGAGAGAGAGAGAGAGGUCGCUGAUGCCCAUUGGCUUCCUUGACAGGGAGUGAUCACCUCCCCUCUCCCACCCUUCAGUCUCUUCUGGACUUAACGCCUCCCCCACCCCAAGACUUGUAAGCUUCUAGGGUCCAUUGACAUUGUGUUUACAUCAAGGGCUAAAUAAAA